UGACCUCCAUUAUCACGACCUGGAGUGACCUGUACAGUGUCUGAGCUCCACUACUGUGACCUGAGGUGACCUGAACUCUCCCCAGCAGCAGUGAGGAUGUGGAGAACACUAAUGGUGGUGAUGGUAGUGGUGAACAGCCUGGUGAACAAGACCUUCAGUUUGGAGAUCAAGAGAAUACCGGUAGUGUCAGUGACGGGGGUGGAGGGAGGGACAGUGGCACUACCCUGUGAAGUGUCCCACCCCCCUGACGAUGCCAUCUACCUGCUCUUGUGGUUUAGGGAGCCGCUAACUACACCCAUCUACAGAUUGGACGAGAGAUCGGGGGAGGGAGAGAGCCACUGGUCAGACGAGGAACAGUUGGGAACGAGAGCCAUCCUGAAGGUGGAGUCGUCGUCCUCGGCUCUACUCACCAUCUCCACACUCACCCACACUGAUCAGGGUCUCUACACCUGUCGGGUUGAUUUUCGUCUACACCCCACCACCACUACCAGAGUGAACCUAACUGUUAUAGUACCCCCAAAGGACGUGAGAAUUAUGGUAGGGGACAACAACAGCGCGGCCAGCAGAGUGGUGGGGCCAUACGGGGAGGGUGACACACUCAAGCUCACCUGUGUCGCGUCUGGAGGGAGUCCUAAGCCCUCAGUGGCGUGGCUGGAAGGUACCCGGGUCCUGGACAACGACAUGGAAUCCGACCCUCCAGAGAACACGAAUGAGAUCUUGAGUGAGCAGAGACAGACAACUCCCUGGCCAGAGUUCCCCUCACCACCACUACCCCUUGACGACGAGGCUUACAAUACGGUUUAUCUGGGGCCCCCGACACUCCUCACUGCCUUCAGAGGUGAACUUUACAACAUGCUAUUUCUUGGAUAUCCGAAGGCGUCCCCAAUCUCCAGGAAAAGACCUUACAAUACCCUCACACACGGGGACCUCAAGUCACUACGGGCCUUCAGAGAAAACCCUCCUUCCAAUACGCCUUCAGGCUUUAGAGGAGAGCCCUACAACACACUCACGCUAGGACCUCUCGACCGUGGUGACCUCCUGACGGUGUUGACGUGUGAAGCCUCCAAUAACAACCUCACACAACCCACCACCGACGUCGUCACCAUAGAUAUGCACCUGCCCCCUCUGAGCGUGGAGAUCAUCCCCCCUAGUGAGGAGGCCCUGAGGUCUGAGAGGGAGUACGUGGUGGAGUGUGUGGUGGUGGGAGCGCGGCCCUUACCUGCCCUCACCUGGUGGAGCGGUCAUCAGCGGGUCCUCGACGCCUCUGUCACGACCUCAAAGGACAAGAACGUGACCACCAGCAGAGUGUCGUUCACCCCGAAGCCUGAGGACCAUGGUUCGUAUCUCCGCUGUAUCGCUGAGUCCCACGCCCCGCCGUCCACCCUAGAGGACACCUGGCCUCUUACCGUCUACUAUGAGCCAACAGCGUCUUGCAGUUACGGGGCGUCACUAGACUCGGCCAACAUCAAGGAAGGAGACGAUGUUUACUUCGAGUGUACUAUACAUGCCAACCCCAGGGCCACCCGUGUCUCCUGGCGCCACAACGACGAGGUACUGGUCCACAACGUGUCUGGGGGAGUGAUCAUCAGUAACCAGAGCUUGGUACUACAGAAGGUGGCCAGGUCGCAGGCAGGGAGGUACUCAUGCCGUGCUCACAAUAUCGUAGGGGACGCCACCUCCAACGUCCUCACCCUUGACGUAAAGUACUCCCCCGUGUGCUCGUCUGGGCAGGUGAGCACCUUCGCCGUGGGACGCUACGAGGAUGCCGAGGUCACCUGCACCGUGGAGGCCAACCCCGUCCUGAAAUCCUUCCAGUGGACGUUUAACAACACGGCGGACACCAUAGACGUACCAAAGGGGCGCUACACGUCCACGGGGAGCCAGAGCAUCAUCACCUACACACCCAUGACCUCCCUGGACUACGGUACCCUCCUCUGCUCUGCCACUAACCCCAUUGGUACACAGAAGGACCCCUGCGUCUUCCACAUCUUGCCCGCAGGUAAGCCAGACCCCCAGGUAACUGCACGGUAGGAGGCGGGACCCGUACCUCCGUCAGGUAAGGUGUGUGGCAGGUACGAGCGGAGGACUCAGCCAAGUGUUCCUCCUUCAGGCGAGUCUUCAGGAACGUCAACACCAACACCACCUCAACGUCACCUCUUCUACCAUCCCGAACUUCUCUGUGGAGGGACUGGAGGAGGCAGGGAAGUACCAACUGGUUAUAAGCGCAGUGAACGACCGGGGGUUAAGUAGCGACACUUUCCUCUCAGUUACCAGCAUCGGCACCAACGGCUCUGUCUACCAACUACAUGUUGGACCCUUGGAGGCGGAGGUUCGAGACGGGGGGAAGACACUGCCUGGAAGUGAAGACCCGGAGAGUGACGUGGAAGCACCUAAUGGCGUCAAUGAAUCCAUCUUCUCCUCGACCCCUGUGUCUACUUCCCUUCUUAUGACUGCUCUUGGCGUAGGUUCCGGGUUCGUCUUGCUGGUGAUUCUCCUCCUGCUGCUGUUCUUCUUCACCUUCAGGAGGCGUAGGAGAUGUAGAAGGACAC